AUGGACCUCUUACCUCUGAAAGAGUUUCUAGAUACAAACUAUUCACCCACAGAUUGGGAAAGAACCCAGAUCCAAGAAUAUCUGGAAAUCUCGGCUCAACAACAGUCGAUUCUCAACGCCGACGUCGAGGCUGCUCUCCAAGCUUUGGAGGCUGCGAAGCAACGGCGUGACGACCUUUCUUCGAGGAUCGAAAAAUACCGGUACUUACUGUCUCCCAUUCGGCGGCUGCCUCCGGACGUCCUGAUCACCAUAUUCCGACACUGUUUACCCGAGGACCACAAUGGAAUCAUGUCGUUAUCCGAGGCGCCGUUGGUGUUGCCUUUGGUCUGUCGUCAAUGGCGCGAGGUGGCUCUGAACGACCCGUUCCUCUGGUCAACACUCCACAUUCCUAUCCCCGAUUUUCCCCGCCUUCAAACCCGGCGAGGUGCGCCCUCCUGCGCUAUAACCGACGCUCUAAAACAGAUAUGGGCAAAGCGGAUGGAAGAAAGGAAUCGCGCUGUCGAAGGAUGGCUCAGUCGCGCUAAAAGUCUCAAGCUGUCCAUCUCAAUCUCAGUGGACCGACUAGAGUCAGGGUAUUUCUACGAAGCAUGCUCUCAGGAACCGGUGAAGGCGCAGGUUUCCCUGCUCCAACGAUACUCGCCACAAUGGAAGAAUCUUCAAAUUUCGGCCCCCACCAACCUUCUGGCUCUCUUCAUGGAUACGCCAGCCAUGCAGACACGGGGACUCCGCUCUCUCGAACUCGACUUCUGUAGGUCCAAACCCAGGAGUAAAAUCACCUCAUUCACCCCGGGCAGUCUCAUCACUUCAAAAGCACUAACCUCGAUCCGAAUCGCGUCUGUUUGGGUGCCUCCUCGCACGUUCCUCCAAAUCCCAAUUUCCUGGUCGAAUAUCACCGAGUUGUCGUUUUUAUCAAGCCGGAACGAGAUGUGCAGUGAGGCAAGCCUGGAUACACGGUCGGCUCUCAAGCUCCUCUCUCGUUGCCCAAACCUCCGGACCUGUGUCAUGACAAUCAGUGGGACCUCCAGAACGGCGUCACAGCCCGAACCUAGUGGUCCAAUCCAUGUCACCCUUCCUCGUCUCGAAUCGCUUGUGUGGAUCCAAAAGAGAGGCGCGCCAUUCCCGCCUUUGUCCGACCUCGACCUCGACCUCCCUGCCCUACACACCCUAUCCGUCUUCAAUGCAUAUGACGUCCGUGCGAUAGGUCGCUCACCUGUUCCAGGCCUCGUGAAGCGAUACAGUCAGACCAUCAAGACCCUUUCGUUCCAGCAUCGGUACAUCUCAACGACGGAGCUUCGGGAGGUUCUCAAGCUGGCGAAAAAUGUCAAGACGCUGGAUAUCGGUCCAUCGCCUCCCCAUUUUGGAAGCAGAAUGGUCUGCGCUGACGGGUACUGGGACAGCUCGGACGAUCAUUACGAAGAAGACAGUGAUUCAGCGCUACGUCCGCAGACCGCCCAUUUCGACGCUUCCGUGCUGGCGGCGAUGGCUGCGACAUCAUCGGAUAGACUCUGUCCCAACUUGUCUACCCUCUGUGUCAGACUCGGGUCGAGAAAAGAGUUCAACCAAGACGACCUGGUCGCUUUCAUUCGUUCGAGGCGCCUUCGGGGAGGAAUGGGCGAAGGGGGUCCUAGACUCACUUGCGUAAAGGUACUCUUUCCUGCCAUACGUAACCUCAACUCGGAAAGCAGUCGCCAAGACGUACAGGGGAGCCUGUUGGACACCUUACGCGAGGGCCCAGAUGUUGACUUGGGAGGGCUGAGAGUGGAAGUUCAAUGGGCGAGAAGGGACGACAACUUGAAGUACGCCGAAAUAGAAAAGAGGACCUGGGAUCCUUGCAUGGGCUUGUAA